AUGGAUUAGCUGCUAUCUAAGCAUAAGCAUCUCCAAGAGCUUAUCCAUGAAUUCUCUAAGAUUUUUACAACUAAAAGCGGAAUAUAGCAUAUAAUAUAAAUUAUAAUUUUUGAGAUUAUUAGAAGAAAAUUACCUGCAAUGGUUAGAAUAUUGCAAUGUUACUUGUUUGGACGAUAAAAAGCAUAUGAUGAUGAAGAAGAAGAAAAAGAUAAAGAUUAAGCUUGUAGCUGCUCUUCCAGCUAAUUUGAAAAUAAAGAUAAAUUAAAAAAGGUUUUAAAAGAAAUAAGAAGUUCUUUCUUUUAGUAAAAUUGGAGGGAUAUAGCAUAGCACAUUCAUGAUGAAGUAGAGUAUCAUUUUAAUAUAGAGAAAUUGUAGAAUGAAAUUGUCUAGAAUUUAAAUAUUGAGAAGAAAUAAAAUUAGCUAGAAACAUUAAAAAAAGAGGUAUUUUCAUUUCUUCCUUUUAGUAUCGUCACAAGUACCCUUCUAAUUUGCACAGAAUUUUUGAGAGAAGUUUUGAAAAAAAAAUAUGAGCAUUCAUUAAAAACUGACUAUCCAUCUCUACAUGACCCUUAAGAGAUAACCAACUAGAUACUCAAUGAUUUUUUUGAGCAAAUUAAUUUAGUUGGUCUUAAAAACGUUAAAGCAUAUGUCAAAUAAAAGCUGCCAAAAAAUUUGCAAGACCUUUCUUUACAAGAGUCUUUUCACAUAGAGAAAAUCUUUAAAGAGUUAGAUGAAUAUGUUUUGGAUAUUUUAAAAUCGAAUUCUUGCUUGAAAAAGCCAGCAGACCAUAAAAAGAGAAGUUCUAUGACUCUCUUUAGGAACAACAGAAGGAAAUGCAAUCCUCCAUCUUCUCAUCAAAUAAAUUUCUCAGAGUACAAUGACACUCAGUAUCAUGAAAAUGGUAUUCCUUGUUUAAAUUUGCAUCAUUUAAUAACACAAAGAAACAAUGCAGGAGGAUCUAACAAACAAACUACGAAUAAUAAAAAUAGUGCAUUACUACCUCAUGAUCAGCCAGUAAUAGCUCCUCACUCUAAGUUAGAUUUAAUAUAUUUGUUUCUAGGAGACAUAAGCGAGAAUAAGAUACUAAAUGAUACAGAGUAUAUUGAAAAGCAUAUUGAAAUAGUUGAUUGCAGGUGUAGAGAAUAACGCUAUUAGCCUUCUUUGCAGUGCAUACCUGAGGCAGAAGAUGAUGGUUAUGAAUCUGAUAGAUCAGAUUAGCUUCCUCAUAGCAGUAAUAGUAAUGGAAAUGGAGCAAGCUCUAGUGAUUAUCGCCCUAUGCAAAGACCUAAUAUUCAAUAUAAGUAACACCAAAACCUCAUUCAAGUAGAAGAAGGUAGAAGAGUUAGGAAAUAUAGUGAUGGGCUAGGCAGAAACACAGUCAAUUAAGAUGACUAUAUUUCUAAAAAAGAAAAGUAUAAAGAUGAUUAUGAUGAAGAAGAGGAGGAAGACGAAGAAGAUGAAGAGAACUGUUAUACAAAAAAUGAUCAAUUUUUGCUUGAAUUAAAAGGAUCUAAGAAAAAUAUGAAAAAAAACUUGAUAGAAUAGCAUCAUUAAAUGCAUGCACAAUAAAAAAAGGAAUACCAUAAUUAAAAUGAUCAAUUUUAGCGUAAUUUUAAUGGCACCAAUGAAAACGGAUCAUCUCCUUAGAAAGUUCAUAAGAUGAAUCUAAUGAAGUUUAAUGUUUAAUAUGAUAAUGCUAACUUUGAUCUUAAAAAGCAGCUAAAAUAAACAGAAGAGGAGGAAGAAGAUUUAUAUAAUUUAAAAUAGUUGAGUUAUAAAAAUAGAUUUUUAUCAUAAGAAGAUGGAGAUGAAGAGGACUAUUUCCCAAAUUUUAAUUAACAAAAAAAGAAUAAAUUACCAAAUCAAAAUAACUCACUCCUUCAAACAAAUGAAGGAAAAACAAAAGAUUCUACCUAAGAUUAAAUGUUUUUAAGUAAGGGCAAUAGUCCUAGUCCCAAAGGAGCUUUUGACACUCAAGAGUUUAUAUCUAGCGACCAUGAAGGCAGCCUUGUUUUAGAUGAAGAAGAGAUAAUCGAAAAUCGUCAAAGACUAACUCAUUUUUUAUAAAGCUUGUGCUACGAGGCACUAGAAAUACUUGAAAGUGCAAAUUUUUAAACAUAUCUUUAUUAUGCAAUUUUAUUCUAAUACAAAAAAUUCAAAAAUCGCUACCGUAUUUAUUUAUAUGAAAACAAUCUAUCAAAAAACAUAGUACUAAGGAAUUUAAUUAACUAAAUUUAUAAAAUUACUGACGAGCACUUCUUAUCUCUUGAUGCUUAAGAAAAAUGUGAAUCAGUUUACUUGAAAUACAAAAACGAAGUCGAAAAUUUAAUAAGUUAAAAUAUAAAAAAUCCACCCUAACAACAAAUAUAAAUAAUUAAAAGAAUAUUUGAGGAAAUAGAUUAAAGUAUAAUAAUUAGGGAGUCUUUUGAAGAGCUAACUAACUUCUUUAUUGAAAGUUGA